AUGGCACCCAGCCUGACCCUAAAGCCUGACGGCCCGGAUUUCAUCAUCAGCGCCGUUCCUCUUGAUAGUCGAGCAUUCUCGCCGUUCGGUGACGUCGUCGAGAACCCGCGACCAGACCUGCACCCUUCUGUCGCCAGUCGCAACCAUGCCUCUUCGUCGCUUCCUUUGGACGGCAUUGUCGCCAAUCAAGGCACAGCCAUAAAAUACCAGCACCUGUCGCGCAUGGCCAACCACUACCACCAGGCUCCGAGCGGCAACCCUGGUGUUGCCGUCAUGAACAUGUUCGUUUGCUCUGCGCGGCUUGACAUCCGCUCUUCUGAACCUGGUCUCGACGAGUUCGCUUCUGUCCACGUACCCCAACUUUUCCCUGUGUCGGUCCUCGAGCGCCACCCCUUCACCACCCAGACCUUCAUCCCGCUCACUACCGACGACCGCAAGCGAUAUCUGGUAAUUGUCGCGCCGAGCCUGCCCCCUGCCAUUGCCGACCAGGCAUUGCCUGUCCCUGUCCCGGGGCCGGCAGACGCUGCCGCCUCACGCCGUCUUCCCGGCCGCGGGUUGCCAGAUGUCCGUCGCCUACGCGCAUUCAUUGCCAGAACGAACCAGGCCGUUACGUAUGGGCCUGGCACGUGGCAUGCGCCCAUGGUCGCGCUUGGCCCUGCCGACACUGCCAUCGAUUUUGUCGUUGUCCAGUUUUCAAAUGGCGUAGGCAUUGAGGAUUGCCAGGAAGUUGCUCUUGCCUCUGCCUCACCGGCUGAAAGCGGUGGCAGAAUUGCGUUUCUUGAUCUCUCCGGCGUGGAGAGCAAGCAAGGCGAAAACCCGUAUAAUGCCCUCAUCAAUGCUUGUCAUGCCCGACCCGCUGAGAUUCAAUCGCGAUAUACCGCGCACCGAACGGCCAGGAACUUGCAGCAGCGCGAGAAGUUCCUGUCGUCCGAGUUCAAGGGGUUGAAUCUUGACCCUGUCUUGCUGCGGAUCGAGGACCCAGAGGAGCCUGGCUUCCAGGACCCUCGCAACUGCCUGGUAUUUUGGGCUAGGCCGCCAGACCAUGUACUGACGCUGGCUUCCCAUGUCCAGGCGCUCUUGAAGAAUGCUGCUCCAAGCUUGUGGUUGAUGCCUCUGCACCGUAUGCAUUUGACUACUCUCGAGGUCACACACUCGCGGAAGAUUGAAGAAAUCUCGAGCUUGGUGGCAUCUUUGCGGCCCGUCAUCUCCGCGUUAACGAACUUCACCUUCACGCACCGAUCUCGACUAGUGAAGCCUCUGAUCUCGUACGACCUCUCAGCCAUUGCCCUAUCCUUUUUGCCGGCGGCUGGCGAGGAGGUGCUUUCGCCGAAGCAGACGGUCCACUCGGACGUUCUUGGUGAUAACGUGGCAGAAAAGGAUGGCUGCUACACAUACCAUCACCUCCGACGCGAUGUCUUUGAGCUGGCGCAGAGUACAGGUGUGAAGAUUGAGUCACGUUACGUGGUGCCAAGCGCGCACAUUACUCUUGCUCGUUAUGUCAGCCAAGGGGACCAUGACAGCUUCGCAUCGCGGAUACAAUGGAUUGAGGCUAUCGAGGAGAUUAACAAGUGGCUCGAAGACGAGGUCUGGGACGUAGCUGGCAAAGACUUUCUUGGCGAAUGGAUUGUUGGACAAGAACGGGGACUUGACGCUCGCACCGGCACCCUCUGGUACGGAGGUGGCCGCACCAUUAUGGUGGGAGAGGGGUUUUGA